GGCGUUGUUAUGCCUCGCUGCUCUGCUGUUCCCUCGGGCGGCUCCUCGAUUUUCGCGAGACUGUUUACGCGGGCCGUACUCGCGCCUCAGUCCCACGACGCGAGCACUCGAGUGUUUGUUGACUCGGAGAGGAGACACAGAAGGCCGUUGCCAUUGAAUUGCCAUUAGCCAGGAAUUUGGAGACUCGGCGGAGAGACUCGCCUGCAGAGAGCGCGAGAGAUGAGCGUGAAGCAAAGCAUCGAGUCGCUGCGCCGGCAGACCGAGGAGAAGACGAGCUUCGAGUGGAGCUUCUCGACGGGCGCCUCGCCCUGGAGGGCCCAGUCGCCGGGCUUCCUCCUGCACGACGGGCGGGAAUGCAGCCUCGCGAUCGAGGGCACCUACACCAACAACUGCGUCUCCAGGCUCGAGUACCGGCUGCGCGCCCAGCUCGGCUUUAGCCCCGAGCACACGGGCCACUUCAACGAGAGCUUCGAGCUGCGGCUCCGGCUCGACAAGAUGGACUACGAGUUCAAGCUGGCCAAGCUGACGGAGCGGGAGUUCGCCGCGGAGAUCCUCGCGCACCACCAGCUCUCGCUCUCGAGCAGGAAGCUGCUCCAGCUGGAGGUGGAGCUGCUCUGCCGGAGGCUCCACGAGCGCAAGACCUACGGCCGGCUGCCGUUCGACAACGACGCCGCGGGCCUCUCGCGCGACCUGCAGCGGCUGCUCGACUCCGGCUACCAGGCCGACCUGGAGAUCGAGGUGCGCGGCGUGCGGUUCCGGGCCCACCGGGCGCUGCUCGGCUGCCGCAGCAACGUCCUCGGCAAGAUGAUCGAGCACGACAUGCUCGAGCGGCGCACCGGCCGCAUCGUCCUGCGGGGCUGGGAGCCGCGCGUCUUCGCCCGGCUCCUCGGCUACCUCUACACCGGCAAGUACGACCUGAGCCGGGAGAGCGUGCACGAGGUCUUCCGGCUGGCGCACUACCUCCAGCUGGACGAGCUGCAGAGCCAGUGCAAGCUCUUCAUCCUGCUGAACCUCUCGGUCGAGAGCGUGGCCGACGCCCUGCGGCUGACCCGGCACGAGCAGUACGGGGCGGCCGAGCUGCGGGAGGCGGCGCUGCGCUUCAUCGCGGCGAACGAGGCCAAGUGCGCGGCGAACGCGGAGCUGCUCGACUACCUGGGCCGGAGCCUCGACGCCGAGAGCCUGGGCUUCGUGCUGCGCUUCGCCAACCGGCUGCGGCUCGAGAAGACCCUGGCGACGGCGAUGGAGUUCGUCAAGAGCCACUUCCAGGAGGUCAUGGCCAAGGCGGAGGUCAGCAGCUACCUCGUCGAGCAGCCGCACCUGCUGAUCAAGAUGCUGGAGCUGCCUGCGCCGAGCGCGGACCAAUAGUGGUCGACAACUGCGCCUCUCCUUUUCCGUGCUCUCUGUAACCGACGCUUUCUCAAUUCUCGUACAAAUAAAUGUUUUUUUUUAUCGCUGCGAAUAAA